AUGGAAAAAUUGCGACAAGAGCUAGAAGUGUACAAAAGAAUGUAUUUUAAAGCCUAUCCCAAUUCCUCAAAACAAGAAGAAACGGAGGCAGUUGUCAAGAAGGCGGAAGAAUUCAUAACGGUCAGUUUUCAAAUAAUCAAAAUACUGAUAGUUAUUUCUUCAGAACGUUCUACCCACAGUCAUUCGUGAUAAUAAGUCUCGCGCCACCGACAUCAACCAGAAAGCUCUUCUUCUUUUCGAGGCUGGAAGACUGUACAAUGUGCUCGAUGAACACAAUGAAACUGCUGAAAGAUUUCUAAGUAAAUCGGUCAAAAUGAGUGCGUUUUUAAAAACAUUGAAAAGUAACCGAAAAACAUUAUCUCUAAAGAUCCAAAAAACGCGGAAGCCUGGCACGAACUGGGAGAGUGCGUGCUGAAACGGAGAGACUUUGAAUUUGCGCAAUCUUGCUUCAAAGUAGGCGGAGUGCGUUCUAAAAGAAAUAUCAAAGAAUAUUUACAGAUUGCACUGGAAUUGGACAGAAGUGCUCAAAAUCUGUGCUCUUUGGCCGUCGGAACGCGGUUGGUUGCUCUCGAAUUACCAGAACCUGCUCAAACGGAUAUGCGGUAAGAGAAAGGGAUGAAAUCCUCUAUCUGACAGUUCCGUUUUAGAUCGAAAGCGAUGGAUCUGAUUAUCGAAGCACGCCGUCUUGACAGUUCAUUCGGUCCCGCCAACUUGGCCUUUGCCACUGGACUCUUCUAUUGUUUCUUCAAAAGUGCAAAUGGAGAACUGCACUAUCUGGAUAAGGUUAUUGAGAAUUAUAAAAAAGCAUUGGAGUGCGAACUGACGAAAACCGACGUCCAGGUUUACAUGAACAUGGCAGUCUGUUUGAAGUGAUAAAAGCAUCUCAGCAAAUGAGUGAAAUAGUCGUUUUAGAUUCAUGGAAAAGUACGACGAAGCCAUCGAUUCGUAUCAGAAAGCGGUCGAGUACGAUUCGAGAAACGAAUUCCAAACUAUCGAGAAAUUGAAGUCGUGCACCGGUUAUCUGCUUAAGUUUGCUGAGGCGAUACAGAAAAAAGGAAAAGUAAAGGCGAAACGGAUGCAGGAAAUGGUGAAUGAGCUCAAAAAGCAGCCGCCCGCCGGAGCGGAUCAAUUUCGAGCCAAAGUAAUCGGAAAUGUAGCCCACGAAGAAACGAUUCCAGUGUGAGAUCCAUUGCCUGCAGAAUCAACUUCCAAAUCUCUCUUUUCAGAGCUCUUGUCGGUGUGGAUGCUUCCGGCGAGGUGUUUGGAAUCACCGUAUACAACUGUCUCGCUAACUUCGGCUUCGUCAUUGGAGACACGAUCACUAUUGCAAAACCGGACUACCGAUCUAUCGAGGUGAGCUGGAAAUGAGAGUGCAGCCGUAAUCCUAUAUUCAUUCAGAAUCUCGAUGUUCUCGGCGAGACCUCGACGACGAUAACAUCAUUAAAAUGGAUUCGAGUGGCCAAUCCGACCCAAAUAAAGAAGAACGGAUCACCGCUGCCAGAGUCGGUUCUCGCGAGAGCUGUUGCUUCCACACAGACAUGA